AUGUUGAGAAUGACAAUGCUGCUACUACUUCUGCCUCCCAUUGUCUGCCAAGUAGAUAUUAUGAGAUGUCUCAGAGAUGAUCCCCUCCCUGUUCCACAUGAUUUGUACCAGGCAGGUGGUCUCCUCAUUGGUGGGAUUGUGUCUCAGAUCUCUUAUUUUUUCAAUGAAGUGUCUUUCAAGGAACAUCCGUCUCAGAAAAUGUUUGAUGUUCCACAUGUGGUGACCAAGUUCUACUCACACAUCUUGGCCUUGGUGUUUGCCAUAAAUGACAUAAACAAGAAUCCCAAGAUGCUACCUAAUGUCACACUUGGUUUCCACAUCUCUGAUAGCUUUUAUGAUGCAAGGAUGACCUAUCGCACCACACUGGAUCUGAUCUUCAAGUCCGAGAGUUUCCUUCCCAACUACAAAUGUGGGGCACAAAAAAACCUCCUAGCAAUUAUUGGAGGACUUGGAUCUGACACUUCUUUUCAUAUGAGGGACAUCACAAGUCUCUACAAGAUCCCACAGCUUACAUAUGGUUCAUUUGCUCCAGAUGAGAUCCAAAGUAUGGAAGGCCCUCCUUUUUACCGCAUGGUUCCAAAUGAAAACCUUCAGUAUAUGGGCAUUAUCUGCCUACUUCAGCACUUUAGGUGGACCUGGGUUGGGCUCUUUGUGGUGGAGGAUAACAGUGGAGAGCAAUUCCUUAAAAUACUGGAGACAUUGUUUUCCAGGCAUGGAAUCUGUUCAGCCUUCACAAAAAGAAUUCCACAAGCAGCUCGUUUGGAGGAGCUUUUAAAUCACUUUCAUGACAUGAAUGUAAUUAGUGUAUCUUACACAGAUUAUAAAGCCAAUGCAAAUAUUGUAUAUGGAGAUCCUGUAACAGUUCUAUGGCUGAGAACUUUUCUAGGUUCACGAGAUUCUGGAAAUAAUGAAAAUGGAUUAUUUGGAAAGGUGUGGAUUAUGACAACCCAGAUAGAAUUUGUAUUAUCUGGGAUUUCAAGAGGGCUAGAUUUCCAGAUGUUCCAGGGUGCCAUUUCCUUUGCAAUUCACACAAAAGAGGUACCAGGGUUCAGGGGAUUUCUUCAGAACAUAAAACCAAAGAGGACUCAAGGAGAUGGUUUUCUGAAAGAUUUCUGGGAGCAAGCCUUUGACUGUUUACUUCCAGAUCCAGGGAUGCUUGAAAUGGAUGAUGACACAUGUACUGGAGAGGAGAGGCUGGAAAGUCUCCCCGCAGGUCUUUUUGAAAUGCACAUGAAUGGUCAGAGCUACAGCAUUUACAAUGCUGUAUAUCUCAUUGCUCAUGCUUUGCAUGCCAUGUACUCAUCUAGAUCCAGGCACAGACCAACCAUGGUUGGUAGCAGUGUUGACGUUCUGCCCCUGCAGGCUUGGCAGCUCCACAUGUUUCUUCAAGGCAUUUCAUUCAACAACUCAGUUGGAGAAACAAUGGCCUUUGAUGAUGAAUGGGAAAUGGGUUGUGGCUUUGACAUAACAAACAUGAUUACUUUCCCAAACAAGUCAUUCCAGAGAGUGAAAGUUGGAAGGGUUGAUACCAAUGCCCUUGAUGGAAAAGUAUUCCUGAUCAACGAUGAUAUAAUUGUGUGGCCAAGACGUUUUAAUGAGGUGCUUCCCGUUUCUUCGUGCAAUGAACAUUGCCAGCCUGGUAAUCAGAAGAAGAAAAAGGAAGGGGAGAAAUCUUGCUGCUAUGAUUGUGCUCUGUGCCCAGAAGGGAAGAUUUCUAACCAGACUGAUGUGGAUGACUGUUUCAUAUGUCCAGGAGCUCAGUAUCCAAGCAAGAAUAAAAAUGGUUGCACCCCCAAAGAUGUAGCCUUUCUGUCAUAUGAUGAACCUUUAGGGAUCGCUUUAGUCUCAACUGCGGUUUCCUUUUCUCUGAUCACAGCCCUCGUGUUAGGAAUAUUUAUUAAACACAAAGAUACGCCAAUCAUGAAAGCCAACAACCGGGACCUCUCAUAUACUCUCCUUGUCUCCCUCCUGUUUUGUUUCCUAUCUUCUUUGUUAUUCCUUGGCCAACCUGGGAAAGUGACCUGCCUUCUCCGACAACCAACUUUCGGCAUCAUCUUUUCAGUGGCUGUUUCUUGUGUGUUGGCAAAGACCACCAUAGUUUCUCUAGCAUUCAUGGCUACAAAACCAGGAUCCAGAAUAAAGAAAUGGGUGGGAAGAAAAGUGGCCCAUUCAAUUGUAAUUUGCUGUUCUCUUAUUCAAAUAUGCUUGUGUACUGUGUGGCUGGCAACCUCUCCUCCAUUUUCAGAUUUAGACAUGUACUCAGCAAAAAAAGAAAUCAUUCUGCAAUGUAAUGAAGGGUCAGUCGUCAUGUUCUACUGUGUGUUGGGCUACAUGGGUCUUCUGGCCAUCACCAGCUUCAUUGUGGCAUUCCUUGCCCGCAAGUUGCCCGAUAGUUUUAAUGAAGCCAAAUUCAUCACUUUCAGCAUGUUGGCCUUUUGCAGUGUUUGGUUGUCCUUUAUUCCCACUUACCUGAGCACAAGAGGGAAAGGCAUGGUGGCUGUGGAGAUCUUCUCCAUCUUGGCCUCCACUGCUGGGUUGCUGGGUUGUAUCUUUUGCCCGAAAUGCUACAUCAUUAUGCUGAGGCCAGAGCUGAAUAGCAGGGAGCAACUGAUAAGGAGAAAGCAUUGA